GUCGUAUCAGCGUUUCCCACCACUAUCGCCCGUUCGCUGCACCGCUAGACCUAACUAGCAACUACGCGCGUCGUCAGCGUCAGUUAUAUGUCGUACCGUCACCGCACCAGUCGCGUCGCAAUCGUAGUCGCCCGCCGCAAUUGUACGCAGUUGCAAAUUAUAUCGUGGAUUCAAAGUGUUCUCUUUUUGAAAUAAAAUUUGAUUUUUUUUACGUUCCAAGUGCAGUGUCUGUAAUACUGAACGAGUAUGGCGGUGGGAGCAAGCGAUAAAGAUUCACAAGGUAAAACAAUUGACGAACAAGACUUACUCAGUGACACAUCAAACAAUUCAGAAGAAAAUAACACGCUUAAUGAAGUAAAUAAUAAAAAUGAUGAUAAUGAUACUCAGAAUGAUACGAAUAAAGUUGAAUCUGAAACUAAUGUAGACAAACCAGCUGAUGGCAACAAAAAUGAUAAAAAUGAAUUAGCACAAAAUAAAGACCCCAACGAUGGAACUAAACUAGGCAAAGAUACUUAUGAAAAUAAAAAUGAAGAUGAGAAAAAAGAAGAAAAGCGAUUUUCUAGAAGAAGUUCUCAUUAUCUGCAGAACAUUCAGAUGACUAAUUCCUCAUUAGGAUUAACUUUGGGCUCGGAAAAGAAAGAAGCUACCUUACUGUCGGAGACACAAACUGUAGCCCGCUUCUCGCCGUUAUGGAAACAGACUUUGGCAUCAUCAGCUCCAAUCCUCAUGACCUUCGUCAGUGGCUUGACAUCAGGGUACUCUGCAAUUCUACUACCUCAACUGAAAAACAACCCUGGACCCAUACCUUAUGAUGAAAACACCGCCUCAUGGAUAGCCGCUAUUGCAGCAUUACCAAUGGCCCCAGGAUGCCUCGUCUCCGGCUGGAUGAUGGAGAAGUUUGGAAGAAAGACGUCUCACUUCAUUACCUGCGUACCUCUUCUACUCGGCUGGAUCCUCAUCGCUGCCUCCUCAAACCUCGAACUCAUGUUAAUGGGCAGAUUUUUCUCCGGCCUUUGUGCCGGUCUAUCUGGCCCUCUCAUCCCUGUCUACAUUGGUGAAACUACUGAACCAAAGUAUAGAGGAUUUUUCCUUGCUGGAGUAUCGUUAGCAAUAGCUCUAGGAAUAUUAGUCGCCCAUAUCAUCGGAACAUUCCUCAGUUGGAAGUUGACUGCUUCUAUAUGUGCCAUAUUCCCAGUAAUCACCGCUGGGCUUCUAUUUUUGGUACCUGAAAGUCCAACCUGGUUAAUUUCACAAGGUAGGAUAGAAGAUGGUGCUAAAGCUUUCUAUUGGCUAAGAGGGUAUGGUGAGGAAGCAAAGAAGGAGUUAAGAGGACUCAUUGAAAGUAAAAAAGCAUUAGAUAGUGCACCAGCUAUGUCGUGGAGGGAAAAACUGGUGAGCCUUAAGAACCCCGAACUGAUCAAACCUUUAGUUAUCAUGGUUUUGUUCUUCUGCACGUGCCAGUUCUCUGGAGUCAACGCGGUCGCAUUUUAUUCCAUCGAGAUUGUUGAGAAGGCCGUUGGGAAGGGUAUCGAUCAUUACCUUGCCAUGUUAAUUAUAGACUCAUUGAGAGUCGUUAUGAGUGUGGUCGCUUGUGUAAUAUGUAAACAAUAUGGAAGGCGACCUCUGUGUUUCAUAAGCGGGAUUUGGACUUCGAUCUCGAUGGUCGGCCUAUCAAUGUUCCUUUAUUGGAAGCCUGCAAAUAUGUCAUGGUUGCCAUUAAUGUUUCUAAUGUUCUACAUUUGUGCUAUAACUAUAGGAUUGGUUCCAUUGCCUUGGAUCAUGUGCGGAGAAGUAUUCCCAACGAAGGUCCGAGGUAUAGGAUCUGGCAUAAGUUCAUCAACGACGUUUGUAGCAUUUUUCAUUGUUGUCAAAACUGCACCAGGGUUGAUGAGCACGUUUGGUGAAGUGAUAACUUUCCUAGGUUAUGGAGUUGUCGCUCUGAUUGGUACGGCUGUAAUGUACUUUAUAUUGCCAGAAACUAAAGGGAAGAGUUUGCAAGAAAUUGAGGAGAGAUUUAGAAAUGGCAAGAAAUCUGUAGGGCCUAAAGUGUAGAUAAGAUAUUGGAAUUUAUAUUGCCUUAAUAAUUUAUAAGACACGCCAUUAAGUUAGGACGACGAACAAUGUACAAAAUAUAACGUGCUGCUCGCUCUAAGCGAUUUAAUAAAGACUGUGAUAUUUAGGUAGUCAUUUUAAUUAAAACUUUAAUAUCUUUGCUAUUGUAUCUAAACAAUUAUUGAGAAGUAAGAUAACUUAAUCAUAUACAUAUUAUGAUCAUUAAUCUUGAUAUUUUUAAAAGACAUUGAGUGAUUACUUGGUAGUUUAAAAUAUACUUAAUCCAUAUUAUAUUAUUUUCGUAAACUUUAAUAACUUGAUUUUAAGGAUGAUUGAGAUAUUUUGAGAAAUUUUAUAACAUUCCAUGUUGAAGACAAAAUGUUGAAAAAUAUUUUUAUAAUCUAAUUAUUAUUCUGUAUUAAACGUUAUGAUGGUGCUUUUCCAAAAAUAUUUUUAUAUAAUUAUUGUAACCUAUUUUACCAAUAAAUAUUUAAAUAUUAGAAUUAGUCUAAUAAAUCUUAAUAAAGCUAUAGAUGCUAGAUGGCGCCAGUGUUCGGCUACUUAUGUAAAAGCCAUAAUUUAUUUAGGUUAAAAACUUAUUAAUUAAUAUGUAAUCGGUAAUACAGUAAACACAUUUAUGGGUGAACCACCAAAGAGUUUGGGAAUAUUUGAAAUAAAGAACAAACUGUAGAAAAUAACUUUAUUAUUACGAACUGGUAACAAAACAGAUUAUAAAAAUAGUGUCUAUGUGAUGGCACAUUACUUAGUUAAGUUAAAUAUAUUAAAUGCAUUUUGGUACUGUCUGCCAUAUUAUUAAGUACAUGGAUUCUAUAAAACAAUACAAUGUAUAUUGAAACAUGUUUAUGUACAUUAUUAGUUGAUGUUAAUACAAUCAUCCUAAAUAUGAAAUA